AUGAGUAUCUUAACACCGAUCACUUUUGUCUGCCUCAUAUCCGCCGUUUUUUCGGCCGAUCUCUCCAAGGAUGUGAAGGAGAUUACCACGACCGAGGUAGGAUCCCAAUUCAAACAUGAGUCAUGCUGUGCGAACUCUGAAAUUUUAGGCCUCAUUUACUCUGUAAGAAGCGGAAGUGAGUCAUAAUGGGGGCACUUGCCGCUCGCAUUUUGGCAGGUUCUUUUUUGAGACCAAAUUUUGAAAUGAAACGAAAAAAACUUUAAAUAAAAUAGUAAAACAUUCACUUUGUUACCCGUAUUUUACAAUAAAUGAUUUUCAGGAUGGAGCCAAAUGGUGUCCUGUCCCACUUGCCGGGACCCAAUGCCCAGCCUCUUCUUUCUUCCAUUAUUACACUUGCUGUGGAGAUCUGCUGAAGGAAUGCUGCUUCAACUUCCAGGUAAUGAUCUUAUACGAUCAGAGUAAAGAGUAAAAAACAUAAAAUUUUUUGUCAUGUGUACAACGAACCUCCGCACAACAAAUUCUGUCUAUAACACAUAAUUUUAGAGGUCGUAAGAGGCAUUUUUUGGACCAAAAAGAAUCGCAAUACAACGAAACCACUCUAUCAAUCUGUCGGGAAAAUAAUGCACUGUGUCGCAUCGGAAACUGCAUCGCCGCUGAUGAGAAAAUAAAUUGUCUCGCUGCAAAAAAAUUAGUUCUUUUCACUUCAGCGAUGCGAUCCGCGCAGCGGCAUGGUUUUCAUUAUUUUCCCGACAGACUGAUACGAAAAAAGCUACUCUAAAUGUUUACACAUCAAUUCCAACCGCAAUAUUCAAAAACCUCUUUUUUUGCGAGAGAGCACACAGAAUCAGGAGAGUCGAUCAGACAAAAAAAAGUUUUUCGCCGAUAGUCCUCUUGAUUGCGCUUAGAAAAAAUUAUUUAUUUUUUUGAAUGAACAUUGUUCUCCUCCUCUCUAACAGAUGCUAAUUUUCUAAGUCAGAAAUCACCAAAAAAAAUACUGACUCAUUCUAGCUUCAACAAAAUGCGCCAAAUUUCACAAUUUCAGCAUAGCGAGGGCUAGAAAUUUCGCGUAUUUUUGGAACAUUUUGGGCAUAAUGUGUGCCAGGUUGGAGCAAAAUCAAAGAGUCAAGAUAGGGGUGCCUUCUCUAUAAAUACAGCAAAUAAAAAAUUGAAAUAUCAAUUAUUAGGCUCGCUGGAAUUUCCAAUUCUCAUCAUUUGCUAUUUAAAAUUGCCAAAAAUGACCUUCCAAUUUCAGACCUGGGUUCUGGUGGUGUUGAUCGGGAUCGGCGUGCUGGUCGCGGCCUCCAUCGUCCUCUCACUUAUCCGUUGUCUUUUCUGCCGCCGCAACUGA